AGCCUGGAGGGUCUGGAGGUGGAGAGGGCAGCGGUCCUGUCUCAGUGCACCAGCCUCGGCAAUCAGGAGGACAAGAGGGCCUCGGGGAGGGGUUUGCGCCUGGACGGCCAGGAGAAAGGCUCGUUGGUCUCCCUCACCGAGGAGGAGCAGGAAGGAGACGGAAGCAUCAUGGAUAGCCAGACAUCACAUCAGAUACUAUCAGUGAAAAACAGCUGUCCCGCCAUGUUCCAUCACCAAACCCUCACCAAAUCCAUCUCCAUGGUUACCAUCAGUCAACGUGAUAUAGAUGCAAGUGGAUGCCCUCGAUCCAAGCGCCGAAUCCGUUUCUCCCUCAGCAUCUCCCCGCUCCUCCCCAAAAGUAGACGCUUCUUUGCUAUUGGCUCCUCCUUCAGCGAUGAGGAGGAGGAGGAGGAGGAGGAGAAGGAGAAGGGAGGGAGGGGCAGCACAUUCUCCAGUAACUCCGGGCCACUGGAAUACAGUAUUUCAGAGGAGGAGCCUGGCCCUCUGAGGAGCGACACCGAGGCUAAAGGAGGACCUAAAAUCAGCCGGACCUUCAGCUAUAUACGCAGCAAGAUGACCAAGAAGAGCAAGGAGAAGGAGAAGAAAGGGGAGAGGGAGCGGGAGAGUAAAGAGAGAGAAAAGAAGAGUGCAAACGGUCACCUCUUUAUACCAGUCAGCCCCUCUCCGUCCGCAGCCUGUCAGCACUGCACCAAACUCCUGCACAACAAGGAAACCUUCCUCUGCAACAACUGUGGAGCCCAUGUCCAUAGGUGCUGCAGAGAGAGUCUGUCCGUUUGUACAAAGAGCAAAACAAAGCAGCAGUCGCUGGUCCCAGAAGCUGUUCCUGGGUCAGCUGUUAAUAUAAGGAGUAAAUCUACAUCUUCAGCAUCAUCCGUAUCCUCUACAUCCUCCUCAUCGUCACGGGAACGCUGGUCCACAGCAACCACCCCUGAUGACCAGCUGCCUGUGAUUUUCCCAUGGAGACACCCCAGUCUCUUCAACCCACACAGCAACUUGUCCAAGAGCAUCUCCACCAGCAACAUAGCAGGGUUAGAUGAAGUCUCACUGAAAGGCCUGAAGUUUCUGUCGCAGUCCACCGACUCUCUCCAUAAGGGGAGCAAAGUGAACGCCUCGACUGAGUCCCUCACCGAUGAAGGUACGGAGAUGAUGGACAGCCAGCUGAUGGGCGAGUUUGAGUGCGACACAAAAGAUCUGGAAGCCGACUCCUGGAGCGGCACUGUGGACAAGAAGUUUUUGAAAAUGUUGAAGAAAGACGAAAUUGAGAAACAGGACGUCAUAUACGAGUUAUACCAGACAGAGUUCCACCAUGUGAGGACACUGAAGAUCAUGUCUGAAGUUUACUACAAAGGUCUUCAGAAAGAGCUGCAGCUCGACACUCACACUCUGGACAAGAUUUUCCCAGUUUUGGACGACAUGUUGGACACGCACACACAUUUCCUCACCCUGCUCCUCGAGAGAAAAAGAGCUUCAGCAACUGAGGGAGAAAACAACAACAGCUUCCUCAUCUACAGCAUUGGGGACGUCCUGCUCAACCAGUUUUCAGGCUGCAGUGCCGAUCGCAUGAAGAAGGUUUACGGGAAGUUCUGCAGUCGCCACAACGAGGCCGUCAACCUCUACAAAGACCUACACGCCAAGGACAAGCGCUUCCAGGCUUUCAUUAAGAAAACAAUGACCAGUAGCAUCGUGCGGAGACUCAGUAUCCCAGAGUGUAUUCUGUUGGUCACUCAGAGGAUCACCAAAUAUCCCGUUCUCAUCCAGAGGAUACUUCAGCACACAAGAGACUCCGAUGAAGACCACGGCUGUGUCUGCGAAGCUCUGCGCUGUGUGAAGGAGCUGAUCAUGGCUGUGGACGGCAAAGUCAAUGAGCAGGAGAAGAAGCAGAGGCUGAGGGAGGUCUACAGUCGCACCGACAGCAAGUCCAUCAUGAGGAUGAAGAGCGGCCAGAUGUUUGCUAAAGAGGACCUGAUCAGAGGGAGGAGGCUUCUGCACGACGGAGCGCUUCAGCUGAAGAACUCCGCCGGACGCCUCAAAGAUGUCCAGGCCAUGCUCCUGUCGGACGUGUUGAUCUUUCUUCAGGAAAAAGACCAGAAAUAUGUAUUUGCCUCAUUGGACCAGCGCUCUACGGUCAUUUCUUUGCAGAACCUGAUAGUCAGAGAAGUGGCCAAUGAGGAGCGAGGUCUUUUCCUGAUCACGGCUGGUAUAGAGAGACCAGAGAUGGUGGAGGUGUUGGCCAGCAGCAAGGAGGAGCGCAACACAUGGAGGGCUAUCAUCCAGGACGCCAUGCACUGCAUGGAGAAAGACGAGGACGAGGGAGUCCCCAGUGAGACGGAAGAGGACAGGAGGCAGCAGGAGAACAGAGCAAAGGAGAUCCGAGAGCUUCUACGACGGAAAGACGAGCAGAUCCUCUCUUUAUUGGAGGAGAAGGUCCACAUCUUUAGGGACCUGGGCGACUGCAGUCCCGCCCCCGACGACACAAACCCACCAGUCAGGGAGCGGAUGUUGUUCAUGGCCACACCUGACGAUGUCACAAAGGGGGAGCCAAUCAUGAAGGAUGCCCUGCGGGAAGUGGAAACCCUGCACAGUUUAGUCAGCAGCGGCGUCGGUGGAGCAGGCUGCAGCGCUCCAGUCGGCCUGAUAGGGGGCAGCGUGGGACCGGUCUGUCUGCCCAGGAGAGCAGAGACAUUCGGAGGCUUCGACAGUCAUCAGAUGAACAGCAGCAAGAAUGGAGAGAAGGAAGAGGGGGAUGAAUCACUGGACCUCCGCAGGACUGAGUCAGACAGCGUGUUGAAGAAGGGAGCCACUGCCAGCCUUCAGAUGUUGCUGAAGAGAAACAAUGAGCAGGUGGAGCACAGUGUGACACAUCUCCACGACAUGCUGAUUUCACUGCAGGCCGUGGUGGUCCAGCAGGACUCGUAUAUCGAGGACCAGCGACAGACGCUGAGCGAGAAGCUCACCGCCAAUUCCUCCAGAAACUCGUCGUCCUCCUCGCUCUCGUCCUCCUCCUCGUCCCGCCCCUCCUCCCUCAUCGAGCAGGAGAAACACAGGAGUCUAGAGAGACAGCGGCAGGAGGCGGCCACCUUGCAGAAACAGCAGGCCGCACACCAGGAGGAGAAGAGAAGGAGAGAGAAGGCGUGGGAGCUGAGGGAGAAAAGUCUAGUAGAGCGGGAGGAAAGGCUGAGGGUGGAUGAGGAGCAGACAAAAAGGAGUCGCCGGCAGGUGACGGAGGAGUGGGAGACGCUGCAACGAAGGAAAGAGGAGUACCAGGUGGAGCUGGAGAGGCUGAGGGAGGCGCAGAGGAGGCUGGAGAGAGACAAGGAGUCUCUGAGGAGGGACACUGAGAGACUGGAGGCCAUACAGAGGGACGAGUCGGAGCAGCAGCAGGAGCAGCAGCAGCAGCAGCGGUACCAGCGGACUCCCUCCACUACCUCUGAUGACUCCAUAAGGUUCCGCAGCUCCGGAUCUCUAGAUCUGGACUUGAAGGAAGCGGCCGAACAGCCGAAAGUGGUGGAGCUCUCGUCCUCCGCCCCGACCAAAGAGCCUUUCCUCCGCAUCGGAUCCAAGAGGAUGGGGAAAACCUUUAACCCCUUCUCCUCCUCGUCCGCCUCCUCCAAGGGAGCAGAGAAGGAGUCUCAACAGCCCAACAGACUGCUCCAGCUGGCCAAAUCCAAGGAGAAGAAAGAUAAAAGGAAGAAGAAGGGCAAAGGAGAGCAGACACAGACAGAGAGCAAAGUUGCAGUGAUGUCGGAUCCUCAGAACGACGGGGACAUCUUCUUCUGCUGAGGACGGGGGGAACAACGCACACGUGAACACCUAAGCUGGCCAGUGCAGGACCGGAACCCCCCCCCCCCCCCAUGGAGCCCUCCUAACUCUCUAUUUGGAUAUGAAAGGCCCACCCGGGGUCCUGCAUGCACAACACAAGUACUGACCUCCCUGAGUCUCCAGGUGAAGUCACGUUGAGCUGCUGAUUCAAUCAAGGAAACUUUGAUUGACAAUUACGCCAAGAACCUGAACCCCCCACCCCCCCACUCCACCAACCUUCAAUCAGCAAGAGAUGCCAAGGAGAAUCUAAAAACCAAGAACAAGUGCCAUGUCUUUCAGCUAACUCCACCAUGAGUAGUUCCACAGAGUCCCACGCUGAGCUUUUGUAAUCCGCACAUAUGCCUCAACUCCCGGCUUCAAGCCAUAAGUGUCUCCAGCUGUUAGUGACCCCCGAAGGAGUCUGCUCCGUGUGCUGUGGUCACACGGGCUUCCAGGCGCAAUCGAUUGGAGACACCCCGGCCUCCGGAGAGAGAGGUGGAUGGGUCUGUGGAGACGGGCUGAGUGGUCAGAAAACAAGACCGGAGUGGAGAAUGAUCACCAAAGACUUCCUAGUGCCUUAAUGUCUUAUAGUCUCCGUCUAAUGGAUGGAAUCCCGGUAAAAUCACCGCCGAUCUCUAGAAAUUCCUCAUUGGACGGAGAAAGAAUUGUCUUCAAUCACAGCAGUUCAACUGUAACUGCAGCUCAACAGGAAUCAGGAAUACAGAGAUGUUAAACAUGCACUUUAUAGACACUCGCACACGAGAGAGCGGUGCUUAUUUGGUAGGGUCUGUCAUUUCCCCCUUUAAUAAUGUAAUCAGAAUUUGUGUAAGUAAUUUGGUACUAAAACUCAGGGAAGAUGGAAUCCUCCCGAAUAGACUAGCUCCAUUUAUAUUCAAGAUAAUCUGCCUUUCAUUACGGAAAUCUUUAUUCAGAAUAUAUGUUCAAUUGUAUUGUGAAAGUACAGAAUCCCAAGGAGUCGAAACGUGUUGAGCAGUCAUUUAUGUUUUUAUGAACGUCCCUUUGACUGAGCUAGUGGUUCUCUCUGGACUCCAGAAUGAUCUCCGACAUCCAUGUUGAUGUCACUCAAUUUAGAGUAAUGUUGCAUACAUUUUCCACUGUUAUAAUUGUCAAAUAUCAGAAGCAAAAUACUAAUAAUAUUGCCAGCCAUUUGUAGAAAGUCUUCAAAAGAGAAACAAUCAGCGAGUUUACUGUUAACUUGGUAAAUUAGAGAAAUGAGCUCCGUGUUCUGGUGUAACUUCCAGUCGUCAUGCUCAACGUGUCACCUGUUACACAUUUAAACUUCAUCAGGAGUUAAGUGGGUAAAAGACACUUCCUUUCCCGGAAGGUCUUUUCUGUUGAAACAAAGUGGAAUCAAUGGAAGUUUAUUCCACCGAGAGAGAAGAGCGGUGCGGAGUGCUGAGCGGUCGACCGAUGGAGAAAUACACGUUACAUCCUGUACCUUUUAACGUCGAGUAUAUUUACUGGGGUUUUGUGUUAUAUUUUACAUCCUGGCAUUAUUUGAGAGUUUACAGUAUCAACCAAAAGCCAGGUUCAAUCUAAACUUUUAUUUUUGGAUGAACAAUCCUGAAUUUCUUGAAUUGAACCAAAACUGAUGUGUGAAUAGAACUGAAUGUUUGUUUAACUCCCAAACAUAUUUGUUUUAUGUUAUUGGAAAGACAAUUCAUUAGAUCAUUGAGUGAAAUGAGGAUAACUAUUUAAAAAUGGUGUCUCCAAAGAACUUCACAGAUACUUUAAUACUCUGAACCCAAAAGCUUCAUCCCCAAAAGCCUCAUCCACUGCCCGACAACAACAUGCCCGGCUUUGGAUUCGCACCGCAUUGAUUUUCUGCUGAGGAGGUCUCGAGAAUAAUAUUUCAGCCCUUGGUGUUGUUCCCUCCUCUCUCGCUCGCUCUAUGUGUGUGUGUGUGCGUUUGUCUGUGCGUGUGUGUGAGCGGGUGGUCGUCUUUUCAGUCUUCCAGCAUUCAAGGGCAAAGAAAGCCUCCUUUGGAGACUCGAGAAAAGAAAACAGUUUAUAUUCUCUUCGGCCGAUUCUCAUCUAAAACCAGCGAUAUAUCUUUCAUGAUGACUACGGGGCCUUGAUAGCAUUCAAACGAGUGACCUCUUUACGUGCCAUAGUGCCUUAAAGCAAACAGAUCUACUCUGUGAAUAAGACGCCCUAUGCGCUCUAAAGGGCAAAAAGAUUAUAAUUGUUUUGUAGAGGGAGGGGGGGGGGGGAUUUCAUGUAUAUGUAAUAUUAAUUUAUCGAUCUUCAUCUACAGUGGAGAUUUAAUCAAACACUGUUUGCUUGAAGCUAUACGGCUGACCGGAACGGGGACUCGAACACGCUUCGAACAGCUAGCUGCUUUAGCCAUCGUAGCUAACAACGCUAAACAAGCUUUCAGGCAGUUUGAAGACGAGAGAGCUACUUAGCUAGCCAGAUUACAAAAGAAUAAACCAUAAAUAUGGCUCAAUUUACAUGUUGAUACAUGGAGCCGUAAUCUGUCGCGCGUUAGCUUGGAAGCUACGGCUUGCAGCAGCAGCGUCUUGGCAAGAAGGAGCAUUUUGGAUGGUUGUUUUUUGAUGAUUAAUAUCAACAAAACACAUUGAAAAUUGCUUUUAGAUUAACAGUAAAUAGGCUAAUUGGGAUUCCAGUCGUAAUAAAAUACACAUUUAGCCUUAAUAAACUGUUAUGAAAUGGAUCCGCUCCAAAAAAAAAUGCUGAAUUUCUAUGCCUAAGAUUGCAAAACCUUGUUAAUUUAUUAUUGUUGUUGUGUUUAAUGUGUUGGAUCGGAUAGUGCCGCAAGUAUUUUUAUAAGUAUGUUUCUAAUGACUAUUGAAUGAGUUUUUAGAAAUUCCCACUGAUACACGGUAUUCGGUUUAAUGCUGCGCUAUAAAUUCUAUAACAUGCAUGCAGUCCAAAUCUAUUUGGCGUCACACAAUAAAAGUAACACGCUUUCCUUUCUUUCUUUUAUUUAUCUUUAUUGCAAUACUGUUCUGCAUUUCAAGCUGAAGGCCCAGAGGAUUCUUAGUCCGAGUAAUUGCCAGCAGCUCUUUCACAUGUAUGCCGCCAGAUUUCUGCUGAGAAGAGGGAGAUUAAUUUAAAUACCAAUUUACACUUGUCAUCCAGCCCCCUCUCCGAUCCAGACCACUUCUCAAAGUGAAGUCCUUCAGUGGGUUUCAGUGUCGCGUCAUUUGUAAUGAGUGGACAUGAGUCCAGUAGAGGAUGCAUGGAGGUUCUGCUCUCCAUUGUUUUCCCUCUUGUACACUUCAACACACAAUCUGCAGCUUUUGGAUGUCUGAAACAUGAUAAGCUAAAAUCACAAACGAUGUUUGAUGAUGAGUUUAGUGGUGGUUUGAGUCCGGGAGGCCUCCACAUUGUAACCAUUCAGCGUGCACUAGAUUUUUACUAAAACUGCUCAUAAGGAUUUUAAAUGUUUGAUUUGUACUAGGAAAAAAAGGUACACUGUUUAUUUUUUGCGUUUUAUGUACAAAGAAAAAAGGGCAACACAACUCAUUUUGUAAAUAUGUUUUAUGUAAAAAUUUGAACUUCCAAAGUAACUGUGGAUUUUGUCUAGUUGGAUGAUUGUUUUUAAAAUAAAUAAAUAAUGAAGCUUUA